AUGAGCUUUUUAAGAGAAAUCGAAGAAAAAGAAGAGGCCGAUGUGAAAUCGAAGAAACAAAGAAAAGCGGAGGAGAGGAAGGAAAAAGAAAAGUUGUCGAAGAAAUUAUCGAAAAUCAAUCUUCCCACAAAAGAGAUGAUGGAUGAAAAUAAGGGCAGAUAUUAUCAAGGAUUACUGUAG